AUGUGGUCCUCACUUGCUAUGCCAGCCUUUGCGCUGCUGGCGACGCUUUCCCAGAAUGCCCUCGCGCAGGUCACCUCCGAUUGCAACCCGAUCAACGAAACUGACUGCGCCCCGAACCCGGCCUUGGGCAUGGCGCAUACAUUCAACUUCAACGCGACGCCCUCGAAGGACCUUUGGGAAACCCAUGUCGGGCCCAUCUCCUUCUCUGAUAAGGAUGGUGCUGCUUUCACCAUCACGAAGCAGGGCGAUUCGCCUACUCUCCGGUCCCAUUUCUACUUCUUCGGUGGCCGUACCGAGAUCAUCCUCAAGGCAGCUGCCGGCAAGGGCAUCAUCAGCUCUGUCAUGUGGCUCAGCGAUACCCUGGAUGAGGUCGAUUGGGAAUUCGUUGGUGUCAACAGCACCACGGCCCUGAGUAAUUACUUUGGCAAGGGAAAAGAAAUCUUUACCGAAGGCAAAGAUCACCCUGUCGCUGGCGCACCCGUCUGGGAUGAUUUCCACAACUACACCACCACUUGGACUGAGGAUCGCCUCGAGUGGUUCAUCGAUGGCCAGUCUGUCCGCGUCCUCAACAGAGCUGACGCUCUCGAGGGCGGCAAUCUGUUCCCUCAGACGCCCAUGCGCCUCUACCUCGGCAUCUGGGCUGGAGGCGACCCAAGACUACCCAAGGGCACUCGGGAUUGGGCUGGCGGCGACACCGAGUACGACAAAGGUCCCUUUACCAUGCACGUUCAAAAAGCGCAUGUUCAAGACUACAGUACCGGCAAGGAGUACGUCUAUGGUGACAAAUCUGGUUCUUGGCAGAGCAUCCAAGUUGUCGAGGGCAACUCGACCGUCAAGGAAACACUCCUGGCAACUCCUGACAAAUCCAUUGGCGAGAAGUUCGACGAGCUUCCUCAGGGCGCCAAGAUUGCCGUCUACGCCGGAGGCGCUGGCGUUGCCGCCAUACUCGUGUUUGCGUUGAUCUUCUACAUUAUUCGACAGCGCCGUCGUGGAGCUCGCGAGUCUGCCGAAGCCGCCAAGAGGGCCGAGGCCGAGCGUGUCGAGCUGGACGGCUACAAAAAGAGUGGCGUCAACCCCGAUGGCUUCUCUGGGCCCACAGGCAUGGAAUACAACGCCCGCUCCAUCGGCAAGGACGGCAGCUUCCGCGAGGAGAGCUACGAAAUGCCCGUCACGGCGGCCAGCCCUCUUCACAGCAGUGGUCUGCCCGAGAAGGGAUGGGAUUCCACUUCGUACGGCGGUGCUGCGGGUGCGGGAGCAGCAGCUGGCGCUGCCGUUGGUUCGGCGGCCGCGAUGCGUUCUCCUACCGCUCCCCUGCUUGGUCACAAUGACCAGAUGAGCCCUCGCAUGCACAGCCCAGCGCCGUACAGUGAUUCCGCAUCACCACACGGCCAGCAGUUCCGCUCGCCCCUGAGGACCCCGAGCCCCGGCAUGCCGCCACAGGGACCGCUCCCCAUGUCGCCGAACCGAAGCGUAUCUACGCCUCAGCAAUUUGGCAACCAGCGAAUGGGUAGUCCGGCGCCGCCCCAGCCAAACCGCAGUUUUAGCAGCAACCAGUAUGGUGACGGCACAGACCAGUCGUACUGGAACAACAACGGCUACAGGUAG